AUGACGUUCUUGUCUAAGUCCCGAUAUUUAGCCGGCUGCACGGCCUAUCUUGAGAACCUAGGUGCUACCAUGCGACGAUUGCUGCUCCUCGCUACAGUCGUGGUCUUGAUAAAUGCUCUAAGACAACAUCCUCGACACAUUACUGAAACGCAGGUUCCCUUCCCAGAUGGAAUCGAUCCAGCACCUGACAAAAUCUCAGGUGAAGCGAACAGACUGAAAGCUCAGGAGCCGCUUGAAGGUACAGCUCAUUUCCUGCAUAUGAAAUCCGGUGAAGAACUUCGGACGAGAUGUGGUAUCGUCAACACAAAGAUCAAUCAGCUAUACGGCAAAAGAGACUUCCACGAAGGGCUCAGUGGUGGUUUCUCCUGUAACGCAUGUUGUAUUCGUGAAGAAUCCACCGUUGAAUCCUCCAAGAGGGCAGGUGAUCAAGAAAAUGCUGACUGUGAGAUCAAUGCCAACCCCGCCACCCACGACAACGACGACGACAACAAUACAGGCACUCCAGCAACAAAACUGUUAAAAAUCUGUGGCAACCGAUCAUACGUUGUUCUCGCUCUAACUUCUGCUUUCGAAAUUGUACGAGAAGGAAGUCGGAAAGAUCGACAGGAAGACACUACAACUGUAGCGCAAACCACGACUUCUCUUCCUGAAUCGUCUGUGCAGGGAAGUGAUAAUUCUGCAGAAAAUUCUGAUCCAGGAUCUGAUGAGGCUCAUUUUGCUGACGAUACCGAUGCUGAGGCUUCGGAGGAAGGCAUUGAGGAGGAAAACACAAACAAUGAAGAAGAGAGCCAUACAAAAGAAGGUGAGCCUUCUAGAACGCUUGAACAAGGCAGGCCUCCAUCUUAUCCCAUUUCGAAGGAACAAAUUCAUUCACCAUCCGCAUCAAGAGCUGAUCAACUCCCACAAACCACUACGACAGCAGUACCACGGGAAGUUUAUCAUUUUCCUCGAGGCCAGACACGUGCAACAGCCACUCCUCAUGUGGUUUCACCAACCUCUCCGUUACCUCCUGUCAGUAAAUCCGCAGCUAUCUUAACUGACCCUCCGGUCAAACCAUCUCAAGAGCUUAAGCCUGAACCCGAGAAAGGCGCUGCCAGAAAGACUUCUGUGGAACACGCCAAUGCACAGCAGGGAAAAGAUGGUGCGUCAUGGGAGAGAGUGGAACAACGACAAGAAAAUAGAGGCAACAAAGAAGUGCAGUCGGGAAGCGCAUCAGAAGACAAAAUCGGUGAUGAGAAAGGAUCAGACGCAGCUCACGAGCCGUCCGUAGAAGUGCAAAGCAACUAUGAAGGUUUCGAGAAUCAAGAGGAACAGAAAAGUGAUCAAAACAGUGAGAACUCCAUUGCCACCGUAUCAAAGACGAAAAUCGAGGCGACUGAAGAGCAGCGAGAUGAGGAGAACAAUAAAAAUGAGAAUAACCCUGAAGAAACUGCUUCGAUAUCUGAAUCUAAGAAGGUUGCCGUCAAGAAAAAGCAGGUUGAGCACAAUAUGAAACAAGAAGAGGCCGAUAAGACAGUUGCUGAGAGUGAAGAAGGUGCUAUUAAUGAUGCCAGUACCGAAAGUUAUGAUGAGGAAGGAGAGGGCGAAGAUUACGAGCCAGAUGAAAGCGGGCAGUCAUCAGAGAGAACCGAUCCUCUCUCGAAUAAAAAUAUUACUGAAGAAGAACUCGAGGAGCCUAUGGAUGUGGCUGAACUCGCUGAAUUGGGCAACUCCACUUCAGCGGAACAGGAGGCCGAGGGGGAUUAUGAGCCCAAGGGCAGCGGAAUCGCUCUGAAGGAGACAAACUCAGUCAAUCAUACCAAAAAGAAUGAGGAUAAAGAGAAGAACCCUUCAGCCGGAGCUGAGCGGAAGGAUGAGAAACACAUCUGGAAGGAGACGGUCUUGAGUUCAAAAGAGAAAAAAGCUAAUCAUGCUGCUCCGCUGUCUUCUAUUCGGGGGAACACUGGGGAAUGGCACAAGAAAAUGAUCAGAACGGCCGAGGGCCCCAAGCCUACUGCUACCGAGAGAAUCACUGACAAGAACAAGGAACACGGUGCUGCUGGGAAUGACCACAAGAAGUCAGCGAUCAGUGCUGAAGAGGAUGAAACUUCCGGAUCUGAAGAACAAGCUUUUGAAAGCGCAGAGGACACACGAACUGGGCCUCAUGGUGCUGAUGACGCAGAUGGGAAGCCUGUGGAAAACGCCGCUGAAGCUGGCCAUGGAUCAUCUGAUAGAGAAAAUCGAAUCGAGAAAAUGAACGAUCAUGAUGUCCCCGUUGUGGAGGUCGACAGCAGGACCAAAGGUCGCGACAUUGUCAUCGCAUACAACCCUACUUAUCGUAAAGGAUCAGGGGUUGUCAGAGCAGGUACGAGUUUUUUGGGUCUUUCGACCAGCAGUGAACUGUAG